AUGCCUGGAAGACUCCUAAACUGGCCUGCGUGGCGAGAGUACGAGAAUAUACCCGACAAAAUCGCCUUUGAGGAAGACUUUGCCAACGCCAAAGCCGCCGUCAUCGCCGAGUAUGGCAAGGAAGCGCUCACCAAGAGCUGGCUCAAGGUCUGCAAAGAGCUCGAGACCGUCACAAACCAAUUAGCCAGCCAAGGCAGCGCCGCCGUCCCCGUGUAUGAGUACAGCGAAAUUGGCAACAAGGGGUUCAGCGAAGAACAAAAGGAGCAGAUCAAGGCACGGGGUUGCUGCAUUGUGCGCAAUACCAUACUCGAGGAUAAGGCCAAGUCGCUCUUUCAGGAUCUCAAGAACUUCGUGACGGAAAACAAAGGGGCCAUCAAUGGCUGGCCAGUUGAGUCCCCUGCUAUACUACGGCUUUUCAACUCACCUGCGCAAAUCAAGAUCCGCACCGACCCGCGCCACAUUACUCUACAACGCCAGCUCAACGCGCUCUUCCAUGAUGCCUCGGGUGAGACAAGCCCCGAGCCGUUGAGUUACACUGACGCAACGAGAAUUCGGCCCCCCGGACAGACCUUUCUUGGCCUCGGUCCGCACAUUGACGCGGGCAGCCUGUGCCGCUGGGCGCAUCCUCAGUACCGCAAGGUAUACGACCGCAUCUUCUCAGGAGAGCCGGAGGAUCACGACGCAUACGACCUCGAUGUGCGAAAAGAUGCGGACCAAUACAUGUUUCCUGCAGGAGCACACUCGGCCGUGUUCCGCGCGUUCCAGGGUGGACAGCCUUGA